AAAAAACUCCUUAACUCGAAUCCUCACAACAAUCGCGAGCUGACCCGAAAGGCGAAGAAUGUGGUGCAGAUGAACGGGAAGGUCACCACGGUGACCCACCCAGAUGACCCCAACGACGUCAAGAGUUUCACCUACGACUUCUCCUACUGGAGCUUCGACGGCUGCAAGGAGGGAACCAACGGAUACUUCGCCAAGGACUCUCCCGGCUCCAAAUUCGCUGACCAGCAACAAGUCUACGACGACUUAGGCGCUGGCGUUUUGAGAAAUGCCUGGGACGGCUACAACACAUCUCUCUUCGCCUACGGGCAGACUGGGUCGGGCAAAUCCUGGUCAGUCAUCGGCUACGGAGCAAAUAAAGGCAUCGUCCCUCUGCUGUGCGAACAGCUGUUCAAGGGGAUAACAGAGAAGAAGGGCCAGGCGGAAUUCGAGGUGAGGUUCAGCAUGCUGGAGAUCUACAACGAAGUCGUCCGGGACCUUCUGAACCCUGCCGGGAAGAACAAGGGCCUGAAGGUUCGUCAGCACAACAAGAAGGGAUUCUAUGCCGAGGGGCUGAAGAUGGCGCUGGUGUCCAGCUACGAGGAGAUAGAACAGAAGAUGAACGAGGGAACGGUUAACCGCACCAUCGCCUCCACCAACAUGAACGCGACCUCCUCUCGAGCCCACACAAUCGUCGGGAUCAACUUCGUACAAAAAUUCAAGAACGAAGCCGGACAGGAGACUGCCAAGUCGGCCAUCGUGAACUUGGUGGAUCUGGCUGGAAGCGAGCGAGUCGAGAGCACAGGCGCCACUGGUGCUCGUUUAAAAGAGGGCGCUGGUAUCAAUCAGUCCCUCUCCUGCUUGGGCAACUGCAUCCACGCCUUGGCAGAACAGUCAAGUGGCAAACAGGCCCGUGUCCCCUACAGAGACUCUGCUCUGACCAAGCUCUUGAUGAACGCUCUGGGAGGUAACAGCAAGACCAUCAUGAUAGCAGCCAUCUCUCCAGCUGAUAUCAACUACGAGGAGACCCUCUCCACCCUCAGAUACGCUGACCGAGCCAAGCAGAUCAAGACCAAAGCCACAGUGAACGAGGACCCCACCGACAAACUCCUGAGGGAACUGAAGGAAGAGAAUGAUAAACUGAAGAAGAUGCUCAGUGGAGGGAAGAUCGACACCACCUUCGUCGACGUCGACAACGACGGAGUCGACGACAACGACGCCGAGAAGUUGAAGAAGAAGUGGGAGGAGGAGAUGAAGGCGAGGAUGAUGGAGAACGAGAUGGAGAUGGCCAAUAUGAAGAAGACCUACGAAGAGAAGCUGAAGCAGUCCAAGAAGGACUUCGUGGAUCCUUCAAUCGCCAAGAAGGAACUCGAGAAGCAGAAGAAACCACACAUUUACAACCUAAACAUGGAUCCUAUGCUGUCCGGAAGGGUACUCCACAUCCUGAAACCGGGGGCUAAUUCCGUGGGGAAUCGCAAAGGAGAGGAGUCCUACAUCACCAUGGUUGGCCCCAGCAUUCAGGAACAACACGCUGUUAUGACGGUGGGGAAAGACAACAAAGUUAACAUCAAGCCAGUGAACACAGACUGCAGAAUCCUGGUCAACGGGUCACCCAUCCAGGGAGAGACCACGCUGUGUCACAAUGACAGGCUGGUCUUCGGCAGCACCCAAAUCUGGGUGUUCCAGAAUCCUCCAGAGAAGGAGAAGACUAAGAUGAACUACCCAGACAUCACCUUCGAAUAUGCCCAAGAGGAGAUCGCGUCAAAGAGUGGCAUCGACAUGCGCAGUGCCUCUGACGCUGACCUGUCCAAAGCCCAGGAGGACCUGCUGGAAGUGAUGCCAGCCGUGGAAGAGGCCAACUCCAUUUCAGAGGAGCUGGACAAGAGGGUCAAGUUCGAAAUCAUGAUGGUCGCCCCUCAGGUCCUGGGCAAGGACACUGGGAAGACAGAGGUUCACGUCAAGAUGAAGAACCUGGAGAAUGGAACAGAGUUCGUGUGGCCCAAGGAUAAGUUCCUCGACAGACUACACAUCAUGAAAGAGAUGUACAGCAAUUACGAAGAUGAUGAUGACGAUUGGGACAGACCUGAGGAGGAGGAUCCCUUCCAAGAAUCUCUGGACACCGAGAUUCACAUUGGUACAGUGCAAAUCAUCCUCCAACCCUUAGCCUACAACGUCGAACUCAAGGAGCAACUUGAGAUCAUCAACUACAAGGGAGCUGAAGUGGGAGUCAUGAAUGUAGAGGUUGUCCCUUGUGAUUCAGAUGGCAAGGAUUACACUGAGGCAGACGACAAAUUCGUGGACCCUCCCGAUGAGCUCCUUGGGAAAAACAAUUACUUCAACGUCAAGAUCCUGAACUGCAGAGGAUUGCCGAACAGAUAUUCGGAUAUCUACUGCUCCUACAAAGUCUACCUCGACGAAAAGGAGACAGAGACCAAGAAGAUAAGUGACACAUCUAAUCCGGAUUUCAACCACAUCAAGAAAUUCUCCUUCACACCUGUCACGAAACAGCUGUUGGAGUACCUGCAAAAAGGCAGCAUCGUGGUGAGAAUCAUGGGCAAACAGCGCCUACGCAAGUCAGCGAUGAUGAACAAAGACUCCAGUCUGACCACAAAGGACAUGUUGAAGACAGACAGAGCAGUAUUCUCCAGAACGGCCAACCUGAUGAACGGUUUCCACAUGAACGGUCGAGUUGUCGACCCUCAAAAACAGUCGAUUAUCGUCGAGCUGUUGCUCAUGAAGAAGACGCAGGCGAGACUGCAGCAAAAAGUGGAUUCGGUAAGGAAGUUAGUCAAGGAAGCAGAAAACAUCUCCAAAGUGAGAGUUUCAACUUCUCUCCUGAAGGAGGUCUUGAACGCGAAUACUCCAGAGCAAGCAGAUUCACUCAUCAGGAAGCUAGCAGGUAAUAUGUAGAUGAUGACGACAAAGGCACCCACGGCAGAAUAGGUAGCGGGAGCUCCAGUUCGGUUUGCACCAUGCUGUAGCGAAUUUUAGGCCCCCUAAAACAGGUAGUUUUCUUUAGAAUAAGGCUUAUUUUUGGUCACAUCAUUUAAGCAACGAAGGUAAUGAGCAUGGAUUAAUGGUAUAAGUUUAAUGUGGAUUGCUUAGAACUGUCGGUAUUUGGACGUCAAUGUUAUAGGACGAAAUGGUAAAUUUAUUCAGUUACCCUAACUAAUCAAAUAAAAGAAAACGAGACUAAUCACUAUAAUUGUAACCAAAGAAAAUGAAACCUUUCUGUAUUAAAUGGGUAACUGCUUUAAAUUGCGCCAUGACGAAACCUAACGUUUAAUAAAUUAUUCCGUCCUAAAUCUUAAGAAAAUAAACCAAUCCACUGACUGCUGAGGCUUAAAACGGGUUCAUAAAUGAGAUAAAACGAAGGCAUCGACCAUAAAGAAUACCUGAUAACCUUGGUUGAUUAGUUAUAUAUGCUGACUUUCAGAAGUGCUAUAUUUUGAAGUUAUAAUUAGCAAGAAUUCUGAAAGCAUAGAUUCCAGUUAACUGGAAGGCCACAAUAUCUACUUAUUUUAUCCUGGAAACCUAAGCAUUAAAAUCCACAGGAAAAAACAGCAUAAUAAAAGAUAUUUAGGUCUAAAAACACUUAGGUCUAUGCGUGAAAGAAAAAUAACGCUUUUGAACUUCAUACUGUAUAUACAAAUACAAAUACUAUAUUUUUCUUUGUAUUAAUCAAGUAUUGUGAAGUAAAAACAUACACAUACACACACCUGUUAAUACACUGAAUGAUGAGAUUUGCACAAACAAAUAAAUAACAGAGUGUAAAUACACUCUUUUAAGUAUUCCUAGUUUGCACAAGAACAGUUACAAAGAGUUAUAUGAACUUCAGGUAUAUAAGAUCUGCUUUGACCCUUUUGAAUAUUUGUUCGAGACAUUUAAACAAAUUAUUGAAGAGAAUUCUAAAAUUAUAAAAAAAAAAUUUGGUUUUCGACCGAAAUGAUAUUUAUUUUUAAUUAUAUACUGUUAUUCAGGUACACAACUUUAUAAAAAGUUUUCCCAGUUAAACAAUCUAGUUUUAUCUUUCAAAUAAUAAAUUAGAUACUCUAUCAUGAUACUUGUGAAAUGUUAUGUUCCUGAAAUACAAGAUAUUCUUAUAUAAAAAUUCUUUCAAAAUUGAGAAUUCUCUGAUAACAUCACUGAAAUUUUAAUUCAGAUUUUAUUUAAUGAAAUAUUCUCCAAUUUUCUAGAAUUCUAAUGGAGAAUUUCUUCAAAAUAAUCCGGAAAAAUGAUCAAAAUUAUGAAACAAAAAAACUUCAAAAGCUUUUUGGUAAUUUUCCAAAAUUGUUAACAGUCGUUUUUUCAAAUUUUGUAUUAAAAAAAAUAUUCCAUAGUCAAAUAAAUAAAGGGGUUAUUGCAGAUCAUUUAAUAAUUAUGUGAAAUUGAAUGUUCUGUGAUAAAGAUAUUUAAAACAAAGUGCCUAAAAAAAACUCACUGGGACCCAAACUCACUUUAGACAAAUGGACGAACUUGUUCAAGAUGGCAUUACAAACUCGAAGGUCACAGCUAUGAGUGAUUGUGGUUUAACUGUUUUAAGUGAGAGGGUUUUUGUUCGUGCUAAAAUAAAUAUUUAUGAGUGAAUUGUUUGGUUCCUUGGCGUCACAGAUGCUAAGGGUCUUUUUGUUUCAAUAUACCUAUUUGAUAAGCUAUUGUUUUAAGCCACUUAUCAGUAAUUAUCAUUAACGGGACAUAGUGGCGUUUGGUUUAAUUAAACCCUAGGUCUUAUGGAUAUAAGGCCUGUUCUUUUAAUUUAAUGUUAAAUUUUUUUUUUAAGUUAAUGAACAGGAAUUUUUUUUAUUGUAAAAACACAAUAUGUUUACCUAAGGAAAAAAUCCUCUACCUUUAAUUAAACCCUACGACUUAUGACUUUAUUAAUUUUUAAUUAAAUUAAAUUAAGGACACGUCUUCAUUGUAAAAACACAAUCUUUGUGGUUUUUCCUAAGGUAAAAUAUAUUUUACAAAUACUGUAAUACAAAAAAAAAAGCCUUAAAAAAGCCACCUGUAUGUCCAUCUGUGUAAAAAGCAUUUCUAGUACUGUAGCAACCGCAAUCCAUGAGCAGGAGCUGGAACAUUCGUCUCCAAGUGACUUUGGGCUCCAAUAUGACUUUUAACAAUAAACAAAUAAGUAACAAAAAG